CGCCGUUACUUCCACCCUGCCGCGUCGCUCCUUCAUCGUCGCUCCCCCCCUCCUUCCUCGCCGCUGCACCGCUCUGUAAUCUGAGAAAAUGCCCAGAAAAAUCUGCAGCAAUUCGCAUUUUCUGCAAAGAAUACGUUUUUCUCAUAAAAAUUAGUUUCCCAUUUUCCAUUGAUUUUUGGUAUUUUGUAAGGUGUAUAUGGUUAUAGAAAUUCAAUCGAUAUUCUUGAGCUUCUCCUAUUCACAAAUGAAUGUCGAUUUCUAGAGUUUUGAUUCUCCAUAUUUUCUUCUCAAAUCAAUCGGAGCAUCUCCUAUGAUUUUGAACAGAUUGUUGAAAAUUGGUGCUAAGGAACUGCUCAUAACUGUGUUUCAAUACAGUAAUAGAUUUUUGUCUCGCUGGUGAGUUACUCAUGGGAUAAAGAUGCUUGGCAUUUCAUACGGGGAGCUGUUCCUCAUUGUUGGAGCUGCAGCCGCCCUUAUCGGUCCAAAGGAUCUCCCAGUGAUAGCUAGAACGGCUGGGAGGUUAGCUGGGUGCGCAAUUGGAUAUGUUCAAGUGGCACGAGGACAAUUUGAAAGCGUUAUGCAUCAAUCUCAAGCUCGUCAGGUGCAUAAAGAACUACAAGAUACAAUGGCACAACUAGAAGCAAUACGCCAUGAAGUUCGGUCCAUUUCUUUCAUGAACCCUGGCCCCUUGACUACAAGACUUGUUGAUAAUAUUGCUAGUCAACCACCUGUUACAAAUGUGGAAAAUGAAUCUUCAAAACCUCCUCAAAAGAGCAGUGUGAGAGUCGAGACCCCAGUUGCCAGUAGAAAGACCAAGGAUCACAGUCCUUCGACCAUUUCGCUGUCUGAUAUACAUAGCCAAGCAAGCGCAUGUGCAAGAUUGGCUGAAUCUGCACCCUUGACUGCAAAUUCCAUGGACGAUGUUCUUAAUGAGUUAAAGGAUGAUUCUGGUCAGUUCGUUGUUCUACCUAUAUCAGCUGAAACUGCUAAACUGUUGCCCUGUCAAAAAGGUGAUUUGAGUGGAUCCGACUUAUUGCUAGAGGCAGUACUCGAGGAAGAGGUGGCCCGCAAUGCAGAGAGUUUCUUCUUCUCUGAAGCCCAGAUCCAAACAAAGAGGGAAUGAGUAGGUAAUAUUUUACCUAAAGUAUGUUAGGUUUUGCGCAAUCAGGGAAGCAUCAAGCUCGCUGUUUUACUUAAAAUGACCCGAGCACUGCCCAGCUCAAAAACAUGAAAAGAUAUGUUAACUUCGAGGAUCAUCUUCACUCUUCUGUACUUUGCUUCUGCCCCUACUUUUUCUUCGUUUCCCUUAAUCGCCUCGUAUGAAUCUUAUUGCAGUAACAUAUGGUGGCUCUUGAUGGGCUUGCACCACUCUCUCUCCCAUGGAGAAGUUGCUCUAUAGUUAGUAUGCAACAUAUGGUGGCUCUUGAUGGGCUUAGUCUUAGUUUCAAUUUCUUCCUACAUAUAUAUCUAAAUAUAUGGAAAAUCACUUUUCUUUUGUAGUGGGAAUCAAUCUUAUUUUAUUGGUAAUGUAAAUACAUAGCACAUAAAAUGUUGAAUGAGUGUUUUGUAUCAGAUUUUAAAGGGGCUUUCCUUUGUAUGCUAUACCAAAAACCAUAUUUUCCAAUUAA